UGUUUGUGUUUAUUUGAUGCGUAUGAGUGUGAGUUAAGUAUUUAUAUGAAGCCUUUCCUGAGUAAUAUAUUUUAAAUAAUUUUAUAACGCACUUUAUAAAACCAAGAAACUAAUCCAAAGGAUUUUCACAAUGGUUGCAACAAGCACACAGAAGAACAAGAGCUCUGAAUUCAUCUCGGAUUUUGUUGACCGAGGAUACAAUCAGUCAUGCAUCGAAAAUGAACUGGACUUCUGGAACCGCUGCCUGGCUGAGCCAUACUUGAGCGCUGAGGCUUGUGAGGAGUGGGCGUGUCAACAACUGGCACGGCUGCUUGAGGGCUGCUUGGCACGUGCAAAGACCAGCACACUGCAAUGUACAAGAGUGUUGGUGCCAGUGAUGCUGACCAGGCGGGUAGCAAAGGAUGUUUUGCGGCUAGCGGCAGGUGAACCCUGUGGGUUACGUGGCUGUGUGCUGGAUGUGCGCCUCGAGCUGGAGGAGCAGCGUAAACAGCGGCGAUGUGCAAAGCUUGAACGGUUGCUUUGUGAUGCCAGCAUGGUGCCCACCUUUGAGCUGACGCUCGUCUUCAAACAAGAUGGCAGCAGCUGGAUGAACUUCCGGGAUUUCCUGCAUAUUGGCACAUGCUUUUCACGUCGCACACUCCGGCUCGGCCCUGGCUUCCGGUUAGUUAAGAAGAAGCUCUACUCAUCAGCGGCUGGUACCGUAGUUGAGGAGUGCUGAGCCACUGGGCUGGGGUUUAACAGCACAAUGCACUUGAACACUUCAGGGUGUGAAUGUACAGGGUGACCUUUUGAAUGGCUUUUCCUUCUCCCCCUCCCCCCCUUGCACUUUUUAUACGAUUAAUGUGAGCUAGUUCAGUAGUUUCACCAUGGUCUGUUUUGGGGGAGGUGGAUUAACACAAUGAGCUAUUUCAUAUGUUGGUGGACUUGUGUCUUUGUUAUAGUAUGUUGUACCCAAAUUGCUGUCUGUGCAUUUUCACAUUUCCAGUUAUUUCCUAGUGCACACAUGUUUGUGCCCUUUAAUUUUUGCUUAUUUUUCACUAGUAUCCAACCAACACCUUACUAGAUAUUAAAAGGGACUUGCACUGCUUUGUAUAAAGUGUGGGAGAAUGCUACGUUUCUGAAAGUAUUGUGCUUUGUGAAGUGUUUUUCUUAUUAAAAACAUGCUGGUGAAGGCAUUCAAGUGCAAUGCAAGUGUAAAGAUUUUCAAUAUCCAACAAUUAAGAACUUUUGGCUUUUCUAAGAGAUGUAACUGGCACAUGUAUAGGGUCUGUAUAAUGCUUUGGUUGCAAGUUUCUUCAUGUUCUCUUAUCUCUGCAGCGCUGUUCUGAUAACUGGAUGCAUUUUUAAGUAGUUCCUAUUACAGGAAGUGGAAAUUCUUGUCUAUUUGACAACA